GUCUCAUCAGACAUCAGUAAGGGAGAAACUCUCAGGUGCAUGUCGGCUGACAUGGAGGGGUUCUCCAGACGUUUGCUGUUGUGCUUGUUGUUGUGUUUGAUCAACACAGCUUAUGCAAAUACCACUCCUUCAAUCGAUGUCACCACUUAUACUAUAUGUGUAGACAUCCCACCUGGUGAAUAUGCGUUCACCAUCACUGCAUCAGAUUUAGAAAAUGAGCAGCUGACUUACACAAUCACUGGGAUCAAUGCUGGAUACUUCACAGUUGAGGCAAACACAGGGGUAGUAAGAGUGAGAAGACCACUAAAUAGACAGGAGUAUACGAUGGAUCUCAUAGCUGUUGUCUCUGAUGGCACCACUUCUGAUUCAGCGGACCUACUUAUAAUAUUAACGCCCACCAACAGCUAUGUACCUCUUUUUGAAGAGGCUUCAUAUGAUUAUGACUGUCCAGAAAAUACUGCUGUAGGUUCCUCUCUGUUCAAGGUGAAGGCCACUGAUGACGACACAGGGUUUGCUGGCACUAUUAAAUACAGUAUCGAUGAAGUUGUCCCAAGUUCUGGUUCAGGUCUGUUUACCAUCGAUGCGUCAAGUGGUGAAGUCAGAUUAGCUGGAGGUCUGAAUUACACACAUCUUGAUACUUUCUACAGGUUGAAGAUAAAUGCAACUGAUGGUGGAGGGAAGUGUCAUUUUCCUGACACCACAUACUUAUCAAGUGCUACCUUUGCUGUCAUUACGGUUGAAGACGUCCCAGACAUCGACCCAGUGUUCAUCAACGUUCCCUACAUAGGGAGUGUUAAAGAGCACUCUCCCCCAGAACAGCCUGUGCUUGAAGUGACCGCCAUAGAUCCGGACACAGGAGUCAAUGCUGACAUCAUCUAUAGCAUCGAAGAUUCCACAAUUGAUGGCCUUUUUGAGAUCUCACCCGCUGGUCUUAUAUCUGUGCUAUCAGAUAUUGACAGAGAGGAUUUAGACACAGACACUGUUACCCUGACUGUGAAGGGCACUGAGUCUGUCCAAAACACUGACGGUGUCUUUGCCAGCACCACAACGAGCGUAGAGAUCAACAUCAUCGACAUCAACGACAAGCCUCCAAAGUUUUACGUGUGUGGAUCCACCUGUGAAGAGGAAAGCCACUAUACUGUAGAGGUCUUAGAGAACUCUCAGGGGUCUAUUCCUAUCAACAUGACAGUCAAAGAUCUGGAUCAGUUUCCAAGCACUAAACUGACCCUGGGAGGAGCUGACAAGGAUGUGUUUGGGGUGGAGCCUCAGGUUACCACGUCAGAACGGGCCGUUCAGCUCGUGGUCAUGCAAUCCCAAAAACUGGACUAUGAGAAAACACAGUUAAUGAUCGUAGAGGUGAUUGCCACAGAUCAAGAUGAUGAAAGCUUCCGGUCCACGGCUACAGUAACUAUCCACAUCAAGGACACCAACGACAACAACCCCAAGUUUCCAGAGCAAUCGUACAGCUUGAAUGUGAGCGAGCACUCCCCGAUUGGGACAGUAGUGGCCCAGAUUACGGCAGAGGAUCCUGACACCAUGGAUCAAGGCAAUAUCACCUACCAUCUUCUUCCAGAGAGCAUACGGGCGUAUUUUGAUGUGGAGGAAGAUACAGGCAUAGUUUAUGUGAAAAGCGAAGAACUUCUGGACAGAGAGCUCAGAUCUCUGUAUUCUGCAACUCUGGAAGCAAGGGACUCUGACGGCAAGCCAGGCACCACGGUACUGGAGAUCACUUUGUUAGACAUCAACGACCAGCCUCCAGUCAUCAACAGAGAAUCUUACCAGGAGUUUAUCAAGGAGGGUGGACAGCUUGAAGUAAAGAUACAGGCUACUGAUGCAGAUAAGCCAGACACAAAAAACAGUCAGAUUGUGUAUGGAAUAGAAACCAGCAGGUACAGCGAUCUCUUCACCAUUGAUCCAGACACUGGUGUGCUGACAAACAGCGGUGAGCUUGACCGUGAGGCUCUGGAUAAGGCACUGGAUGGAAGAAUUGAGCUUAAUGUUACUGCCACUGACAAGGGUGUUCCUCCGCUAUCCACCACUGUCACAAUUAUCAUCAAUGUAGAUGAUGUCAAUGACAACAAACCACAAUUUGGCAAACCCUCUUAUGAGUUCUCUGUUAAGGAAGGAGAAAAAGGUGCAUUUGUGGGCUCUGUUACCGCUGAGGAUUUGGACCAAACAACAGACUUUAACCGCAUUUCUUUCAGCAUCAUUGAUGGAAGCUUUGGCAGCUUCAUCAUACGCUCUUACCCAAUGGAGCAAGGCUACAUUGGGAACAUCACCGUAAACCCCGACAUUGAGCUGGAUUAUGAGAGUGCACGCCAGAAAUUCACAUUACGGGUGGAGGCAGCAGAUCUUGAGCAGGAGAGCGCUGAAGUGACGGUGGUUGUGAAUGUGGUUGAUGUGAACGAUGAGCGGCCUGAGUUCAGCCCAAUAGAUCCUGUGUCGGUGAAGGAGAACACCUCCAUCGCUGAGGCUGUUGGGAGAUUUUUGGCCCGUGAUAAAGACACAAUCCACCAUCUGGUGUAUGAGCUAGAAUCCAUGACAUGCCGAUGUGGCGAAUCUAUGACACCCUGUAGUUACUUCAUCCUGCUCCCAACAGGGGAAGUUACACUAAACCAUGAGCUCAAGGUGGAUUAUGAAGAAUGUGACCAGGUUCUGAUAGAGGCACAGGUGGUGGACGAGCUCACAGAGAAAGGAGAGAACAACAGUGCCACAACAGGAUUAAUGGUGAUCAACAUUGAAGACAUUAACGACAACGCCCCAGAAUUCAUUUACUCUGAUGCUGUUUAUGUUGUGGUGUCAGAGAGUGCAAGUAAGGGAUUGUCGGUUGCAGGAGUCACUGCCACAGACCGGGACUCUGAAAUAAAUCAGCAGGUCGAGUUUGAAGUCACUAAAGUUGAAUUUGAAGACAGCAGCAAUAAAAUAAAGGACAUGGAAAUACUGUUCCAGGCGAUCACCACUAAGCAAAAUGAAAUUUUCAUAGGAAGAAUUGAAACCGUCCAGGGGCUUGAUGAGACACUGAAGGGGAAGUAUUUGGUGACAGUCUCUGCAACUGAUGCUGGCGGCCUCUCCAGGAGCACCGUACUAGAGAUUUUCACUAUUGAUGAGACGUACCAAGUCGAACUUGAAUUUUCGUCCAGUAAGCAAGACGUUGAAGCUAAAAUCGAAGAUAUUAGGAGGGCACUGAUUGCUGCCACCAAAGCUUCUGUUGAAAUUGUUUCAGUCAACGAUCUCACAGAAACAUCAAGGGAAACAAGUAAAUCUGUUGUUGUGGCAUACUUUGUGUAUACAAACGGCACGGCGCUCACCUCUGACGCUGUUGAGAAGAUGAUCUCUGCACCUGAACAUGUCCAUAUUCUGGAAGACCUUGGACUCACAAAUAUUGGGACCGCUCCUGUGCCUGAAGCACCAGAUAUUUUGAAGUUUGCCUUGUUCGGCGUGCUGGCAGGCCUCAUUGUUGUGCUGGCUAUUCUCACCACUUCCUUAAUGUGCACUCGCAGAAACUUCAAGAGGAAGCUAAAGGCAGCCAAAGCCAUGAACUCCGCCUCCAUGGUGACCUCUGACAACCAGAAAAGUGGUCCUGUGGUGCCUGGAACAAAUAAAUACACCAUGGAUGGGGCAAAUCCUGUUCUCAACCUGAACAUUGACACCACCCUGGUCCUGGACUUGGACGAAGAGAGCUCUGAUGUGGACAAAGUCAGCCUCAACUCCCUCGACUACAGUGAUGACAUGAUCCUUCCUGAAAAGGAUACAAAACCAUUCAUGAACAUGAUCCAGGAGGAGGAUGAAGAAGAAGAGGGCACCGCUGGACCUCCAGAGUACAUAGAGCCUCUGGGUGCAGUGCUUGCCCAGCGGGGCCCAAAGAAAGACUCAGUGAAUUCUCGUCAGGGUUAUGGUAACCCUACGUUCAGCACCACAGACUUGUGAUGGAGAAAACGACAACUGGGAGCCUGCAGUAGGCCUCUAUAGGCACACGCUGCUCCUCUGUACAAUCAGGCUGACCAAAUUAUGAGUAGAAAACAAUGGACUCUUCCUCUCAAAUAACCUUUUGUUCUGGCCCAUGGUAAUAUUACAUGGUAUGUAUGCACAUGAUUUACAGCCUUGAGAGUGAUGUGUUUCAUAAAUUAUGUUAAGGAAAAUGUAAACCAAAAAUAUGGGAGGUAACAAUGAGUUGACUGUUCCCAAUAUUUGGGACAAAGAUAUGGGAUCUAACUCUGAACAGGAAGGUAAAAAAAGCACACAUUUCUCUUUUCAUCUGAUGAAUAAAUCAUUUGACUGAAGCAUGGAAAGUAAUAAAACAAUUGCUUGUUGUUGCACAUGUAAAUUUUGUUAUUUUUUGUAAAUAUACAAAGUGAGAUUUUAAAAAAGUUUGAUUUACAUUGUAAUGGGCUUUGCUAAAUGUUAUAUCAACACUCAAUGUUAAUUUUGUUGCAGCUGAUGCUAUGAAAAAUAAAGUCCAAAAAGAGGAAGCAAAAUACACUGCAGACUGUUUCUUAUAUAUGACUGCAUGUCUGCUAAAACAAAGAGACUUUUACAUGUUUGCUUUAUGGUGUUUGCGAUUAAUGAUGCUGAAAUAAAAUCUCCUUCAGUGACUUUGUGACUCUCUCUAAAGCAGUUGUUUCUUGAAAUGUUUACUGACAUCUAAAUGAAUGUAUCACAAGGGCAAUCUGUGAAUAAAACCUGUUUAAAUGUU